AGUGCCAAUACUCAAAUGGACAACGACGUGACUCCUGUAUAUCUAGCAGCUCAAGAAGGACACUUGGAAGUGUUGAAGUUCCUGGUUCUAGAAGCGGGAGGUUCUCUGUACGUGCGUGCCAAGGAUGGUAUGGCUCCGAUUCAUGCUGCUAGUCAGAUGGGAUGUCUGAAUUGUGUCAAAUGGAUGAUACAAGAACAGGGUGUGGACCCAAACUUAAGAGACGGAGAUGGAGCGACACCUCUGCACUUUGCUGCUUCCAGAGGCCAUUUAGACACAGUUCGUUGGUUGCUAAGGCAUGGAGCUCGUCUAUCACUGGACAAGUAUGGAAAGAGUCCCAUAAAUGAUGCUGCUGAGAACCAACAAGUUGAGUGUCUGAAUAUCCUGGUUCAACAUGGAACAACGCCAGACUACGACACACAAGAGAAAGUGAAAAAUGGGAAAAGUUGUUCAUGCACGAGAAAAGGAGACCGAGUCAGGAGAGGUAAUAGUCUAGCUAGUGAUUGUUCCAACUGCAAACCAAAGCCAAUUACCAAUGGUCAUCACAACCAUUCUCACGUCACCCCAAACCAACAUAGUCCACCGAUCCAUGCGAGUCGUCAUAACCAUUACGGAACCUAUAACAACCACAGUACGCGCAGCAACCACAGCAACUACAGUAACUACAGCCACAAUAGCAACCAAAGUCACGACAGUAAACAUAGUCAGGGAAGUAACCACAGCAACAAGUCUGAGCCGUUUUACUUGCAUCCUCCACUCUCCGAUAGGGCCAUGGAAGCUGCGCAUGCGCCAGAAAAUGGGCUCUAUGUGAAUCCUAUGAGUAAACAUAGGCAUAGUGUAUCCAACAGUUCGGAUGGUAGUGUCAGUGGUGGAAGUCUUACUGGAGAAUCCUUUUAUCUCCACAAUCCUCAGGAUGUCAUCUAUAACAGAGUGAAAGACCUCUUCGAGCAAACACCACAGAAACCAGUCUCUGCAUUGACAGUGAAAGUUGAAGUACACUCCAGCAGCAGUGGAGCAGGAUCGGAUGAGAACCUAUCAUCUUCAGAGAUAUCGGAGAGGUCUGGUGACCAUGAAAAUGACUAUGAAGACAUUUAUUUAGUAAGAGAAGAAUCCAAUAAGAAGGCAUCAGACAAAAACAACAACAUCAAUGCCAACAACAAAAACAACGGCCGAUCACGAUCCAGGGAUUCUGGAUCACAUAGCAGGUCUGGAUCAGUCAGUUCUUCCAAUUCAGGUUGCAACAUUGUGGUUAACCUCACUAGUAAUGAUAGUAAAAUCAAUAAUAGCCAUUCUGUAGCAAACCAGGAAAAGAAGAGUGGCAGUCCCAAGGCCAAUGAAUUCAUUGUCAAAUCCCAACAAUACGACAGGGUCGAGAGGAAAACCAGUAAACAGGAAAUCACCAACGCACCGAUCUCGUCCCCACCACCAUCGACCCCCGAAGACGAACCGGAGAAAUCCAAGCUCGCCGCCCGCCACUCGCAGCCACUGCCUGGUGCCACCCGUCCAGCCCUGAAGAGGGUCGCGUCGGGGCCGGCCGAAACGUCGCCGCCUCCGCCGCCGCCCCCGCUGCCCGGCAGGGCGGCCGAGGAGGAGCCGCGCGGGGCGGAGGUGGUGGAGAUCGUGGAGGAGCCCACUUUGCGGCCAUCGGAUAUCGUCAAGGGCGUGUGCAGGACUCUUUCCGGUUUGUCCGCCCGACGCCUCAACUCGUCCUGCUCGGACCUCACCAUCGUCAGUCUCGACCGCGAAGACGCUGACAGGCACCCAUCGGGCCCCAACCUGGUGAACAGGCAGCGUGUGCUACCCUUCGUGCCGCCGGCCUUCCCCGGCCUGUUAGGGUCAAACGGCCUGAUCAAGCCCUCCGAGUACCUCAGGAGCAUCGGCGACAAGCGGUCCUCGGUGUGCUCGGUGAGGAGUUUGGAGGAAAACGAAGAGGCCAGUGUCAAGCUGGAGGAGAGCAAGGAGAACUCCAUCCCCGGUCCACCGCCACCCCCUUUGCCCGACUGCGCCGACUCCCUCCUCAGCGCCAAGCAGGAGCAGACCAUGGUGAAGAAGCAGCAGCAGCCGCUGUCGGCCAUCAGCAUCCAGGACCUCAACUCCGUGCAGCUGCGCAGAACGGAGAAGACGGUCGCUUCCAAGACCUUUUCUGCGCCGACGCGCAGCAUGAGCCUGCAGUGCCUGAGCCAGAGCGACGCCUACUUGGCGCAGAGGACCGACCUGAUCGCCGAGCUGAAGAUGUCCAGGGACAUCACGGGGAUAAAGAAGAUGAAGAUCGAGCGGGCAAAGACGGACGAGUGUAAGGAGAAGGAGUUGUUCUCGGAGAUUUCGAGGCAGAUUUCCACGACCAAAUUUGUCGAAACGGUUCCUGAAAAAGACAACACUGGUAAUAUCAUACCGGCUUGGAAGAGACAAAUGUUGGCAAAGAAAGCAGCCGAAAAAGCACGAAAAGACCUGGAGGAACAGCUGUUGCGGGAAGCUGAAGAAAAACGUUUGCAAUCCAUACCGCAAUGGAAGAGGCAGUUGAUACAAAAGAAAGAAGAAACAGAACAUAAGAUAAGGUCUACUCUUUACACACCAAAAAUUCAUGACGAACCAAAAGUCAAACUGAAUAUUAUGGAAGAUCACUCGAAUCAUAAUGGAUACAGGGAGGAACAUUGUAAGGAAGACAUAAACAAUAAUAAUGACGAUGAAAGCAUAAAGCUAGACCAGACAGUGAUCGAAGAUAAUUCUGACGAAGAGCCUCCCAAUAUUAUUCCUUGGAGGGCGCAGUUGAGGAAAACCAAUAGCAAGUUGAAUUUGUUAGAGUAA